AUGGAUAACAGCACGGUGAUAAGCCGAGCCAAGAACCUGAAGAUGAGUUCGAGCACCGAGAUGGACGAGUACGCUCCGCUGAGGUUAGCCAUGUUGAUAUUGGGUGUCUUGUUCGGCCUCAUGUUCUAUCUCUUCUACAAGUUCUUAUGGUAAGUUUAUCUGAAAUAGCUGAUACCUAUAUUAUGAUAUAAUUGCUUUUAAACGAAGAAUCUGGUGUUUUUUACCGUUGUAGACAGUUUUUGACACUCUUUAUGAUAAUAUCUCGUAACUCGAACACAAACCCAUUAAUUACGUCGCAUUUCAGGCGCCCUCGCAGACCGCGUGUUUCGAAUUACCAGCGUCUGAAUUCAGAUGACAUGUGGAGUGCGUCGCUUCUCGAGAGCCCACAAUGA